CUGGAGAAAUCUCAUGUCGCUCUGCCUAGCUGAUGCAAUUCUGUUGCAAUCUAAAGCCUGAACUCAUUACUGCUUCCGAGAAGAAGAAGUCCCUUAUGGUAAAACGGAGAAAAAAAGAAGGAAAAUAGCCUGAAGAUUUUAAUUACAAAAUGAAUUAACCUAAAACCUUGAACCCAACAAAUGAGCACCAUUAGAGAAUAAUAUGCCGGUAUUUUAACAGUGUGUUACACAACGUCGCAUAGCAGACAUAAAGGCUGCGCAUGGAUACGUUGACGAAACUGUUGCUGAAAUAUACCUUCUAGCCCCAGAGACUUACUAAUCAUAUUUUUGAAAGGUCGAGUCAACGUUUUGUAAGAGGUUUCUGUUCUUCUGUUGCGUUAUCAUGGCUUCCUAGUCUUGCACUACCACAAAACAAGUGUGCAUUUGCACUUGUGCUGCACGAUUAAAACUAGCAAAGAUGACGUAAGUAUGAAAAAAAAAGAAUGUUAUAUCAAAAAGAAUGUUACAGUAGCCAAACAGAAUGUUUAAUAUUGAUUAUGAACUGCGGUCGUCAGUCCAGUAAAUGGGCUGAAAUUACGCAAAUUAAUUUAAUUUUCGACUAAAUCAUGAGGUUAUUUUUACAUGCGAUUGCCUCGUGAAAUAUUGGCUGUACAAAAUAAUUCUGGGGCAAAGUUCCGAAAGUCUAAUAGUGUAGUAGCCACCAUGGAAUGGAAUGACAUGUUCUUGAUGACUGCCCACUUUUAGAACUUUGCACCAGAAUUGCUGUGUAUACAUUACUGUACCUUUUUUGUAUUACGAAUAUAAUUUGUUCGAGGCGUUAUCUAGUGGGUUAGGCUAAUACUUUUUAUAGAGUAAGUGUUUUGGUUGAACUUUGGUCACUGAAAGUUUUGUUAGAUAGCCAUGAUUUGAAGUAUGUCAAAGGGGAUUUAUUCACGUUAAUUCGAAUUGUACUGAUGAGAAGAUGGAAUUUGAAAGUUAAAGCCAAAUACACCGAUUUAAAUGACAACAUAAAUUACCUGGACAAUUCCCUUCAUUUUCUGGUUUAGUGACUAUCACUUUAUAUUUAUAGUAAUAACUUAUUAUGCUCUCGGUGUUUUGAUUGAAAAUGCUGAUCCUUUAAAUCUGAAAAUCACUUUGAAUUCUCGAGACGUCUAAUUUUAGUGAAUAAUCCCUAAAUGGUAUUCUCUACAUUUAUAGCGGAAGCGCAUUGAAAUCCGAAUAGCAAAUAUAAGUGACAAGUCAGCUAUAGUGACAUGGUUAUUCUAAGCUGAAUUUUACCAUCUAGAGUUCGCUACAGUUUUAUACUUAGUAAAUAAUGAGGGUACAAAUUGUACUCCGUGGAUCAAAUUGCAAUUUUAGGUUAAAAUAGCCAGAUUAUUAGGUUUCCCUAUCUGCUUUUUAGCCUUACAUUUGGCAACUUGUAUUUCAUUUCACUAUAGUUACAGAAUAAUCUCCUAAACUGAUAAUCACAUAAUAUCAAUUGACAGGGUCUAACUGUUUAGAGAAUAAAUCCCAAAUGUAUUCAUUUUUAAUUAUUAUAUGUAUUAAAGGUUAUUAGCUAUUCAGAAAACUAGUGAAUUAUACAUUUUAGACCAAAAAUAGCCAUAAAUGGUUUGCAAUCUCUAGGUUAAUAUAGCACAGUUAGAGAAGUAACUGAAUCUGAGAAUUUUCCAUCUGUGCUCCUGUGAACUGACCUAAUUUUGUUAUCCACAUUUCACUGUUUAAUAAAUUUAACAACUAAGGUUAAUUACUAAAACUGUUGUGAAAUACUGGUAAGGGAAUAGCAAACUGUAGGUUAAAAUAGCAAAGCUGGUAAAAUAGUUGCAAUUAACCAUUUGGCAGAUAUGCAAAUAUUUUCUCCAUUCUUAACUCACAGUUUAGCGAAUAAAUUCACUGUUUCUAAGCUCAAGUCUGGCAUGGAUAGUGUUAAUUUAGUACCUGUAUGCUGGAAAGGGUGUUUUCUUGCAGUUGUCAUACUUGUUAUCUGUAGAGUGAAAUGAAGGGUUGGCUAAAAAUUAGAUCCCCAGGUAGAUAAUCUACGACUCCCAUGAUAGUUUGCCAGUGUGAAGGCUGAUAAAUAAUAUGAAUAAAAACUAUACCCUUUCCAAAGUACAUGUACUAAAAUAAUUCAGGGUACUGAAGAGGUCCAUUGGUCACUGAUAAGAUAUGUGUUUCAAAAAAUUACCGUAAGUAGCUGAUAUUUAUCAGAUUUAAAAAUGGGAUACUUUUGCAUGCUUAUCAUAUUGCCUUUAUAUCUUCUUCAACCUAGGAAUGCACUGUGAAGCAUUGGCAAGGAAAUUGCACAUUUUAGGGCAAAUAGUUGCUAAAGGUGCAUUGUAUUGUGGUAGAGGGAAUAGUUGUUAUCUGGUUUGUCAAAAUAGUAUAUACAUUAAUACAAAUAUAUACACACACAUAUAUAUUUGCGCGCGCGUGCGUGAGUGUGUGUAUAUAUAUAUAUAUAUAUAUAUAUAUAUAUAUAUAUACAUAUACAUGCCUGGGCCAGUAUAUUUAAAGUUUACCUGUCAGAAGAAAAGCAUAACACUUUAAAGAGGAAAAUUGCUAGCAUGGUGAAAAAUGGUUUUCUUGUCUGCUACACGUUAUUGUUGCAGGAAAGUGAAUUACUGUAAAUUCCCCAAAAUCUCAAUCUCAAGGUCACUUUGUACGUACCAUAUUCUUUGAAUUUAUUCCAGAAUUAUCAUGUAUAUAAUUAACACAAAAUUUCAAUUAUACUAGGUAUUUGUCAAAUAUUUGAGAAUAUUUAAAACCGUGUAUGUGCAUUUGUACAGCUGGUUACACAGAAAGGUUUUAUUUUGUCCACAUGCUUAUACUUGUGAUGCCUAAUCAAUAAAAAUCAUUUUGUUUGUGUUGAUCUUAAAAGCAAGCUCAAUUCUCAGUUAAUUUGAUGUUUCUUAGCAGUGAUUUGUUAUUUUUCUGUUGUUUUUAUUUUUUCUCUCAUGUAACGCGUAUUAUUCCUAAGGGUUUAAUUUAGGCGUGGGUGUUUUUUAUUUUUUUUUAAUUCAGGCAAUGUCCCUGAGGACCAUUAACACCUGUGAGUUGAAGCAGAAAAUCCAAAAUAAUUGUCUGCUCAGGAGAGGGACACAGUCAAUAACCAAAUAAAUAGAGGUUGACAUAAUAUAAGGUUUAUUCGCUAAAACUUGAUAUAAACCUAAACAUUACAAUUUUUUUCCAUUCUUUAUUAAAGCUUAAACAGCAGGUAUAUUAAAUUAAUUUGACAGUAGGUAGUAAAAAAAAUGGAAUACAAUAAGUGUCAUGAAUACAAAGCUGUAUUCCUGGAACCAUAGCUCCCUCUGCCAACCUCCCCACGUAUGCCUAGUGGACUGUGAGACACCCACAAGCAACAACUGAACCGACAGCACCAAAUGUCUGACACGGAACCAUAAUGCACUUUAAAGGCUAACAACACCCAUUUCCACCCACAUUUCCCACUCACCUAGCCUACACCUCAUCCCCCCUAGCCUCUCCGGGUUUACCGGGGGACCACUUCUACUAAACUAACACUCUUCUAUACUCAUACAUACAUCCAUUACAACCACUGCAUAUACCACCACACCCUCUGCAAUACACUACACAUGAGCCACCCACCUGUUGUAGAUAGUUUUACCCCCAUACACCAAGUUUUCCCACUCCCCCUAGACCGUAACCAGAUUACAAGACCCGCUACCUGAUAAGAGCUGUGGCACAGCCUGGAGCUCGAACCACCUGGCUCCUUCCUCCCCUCCCACCAAGUUUAACAAUGACAGUUGAUAAUACACAAUCACAAUGUGUCUCCGACCUACUUUUGGCCAAGACCCUAACGGCACAUUGCAAGGACACAAGCUUAGCUGGUCCACCACCUCUUAGACAGGCCUCUUCGGAUGCUUGGCUGGUCUGACUGAAACGUGGCCAAACCGAUCUUAUUUACCACGAAAAUGUACUCUGAAACGCCUGUUUAUCUUGAAUGUAUCUGAUGGACACGCUCUGGUUGCCGACUCUUGGUCAACACCCGAUUUAUAUUUGCUGAUAAUACGAUGCAUUGUGUUGUUUCCAUAACAUGAACUUCCCUUUCUGUACCCUACCCUAACUAGAAAAACAUCAAUAAAUAAAGAAUGCUUAACCCCUUCACGCAGUUACGGCGUUCUAUGCCGUCCUGCAUUUAAAGGGCUUUAAAGCCGUUGCGGCGGUACUUACCUCCGCUGCGAUCCUCUUCUGGAGGGCUGCCUGACAGCCCAAGCAGCCCUCCCCCGGGAAAUGAGGCCCCCGGGGGCCAUGUGAUCGCUCUCAAAGAGCGAUCACAUGGCCCCCUAUAGCUGGCUGUGGAUCUGCCAGCAGGGGGACAGUCUGAAAUGCUUGUGACUAAGUGGCUACUAAAAAAGAAUAAACAUACCCCACUUUCAAUACCUUGGGUUGUCUACUUUUUCAAAUGGUAUGCCAUUAUGGGGGUAAUUCUUAUUCCUGGGCUACCACACUGGCUCAAAGGUAACAUUACUAAUCUAGCAAAUGUCAGUUUGAAAAUGGAACGUUCUAUAUUUGACCCUGUAACUUUCCAAGACACCAUAAAACCUGUUAAUGGGGGGUACUGUUGUACACGUGAGACAUCGUGAGGCAUUUUUUUGCAGUAAAACCUAACAGUAUUAUGACAUUAACAGCUAAAAUGUCAGAUGGAAAUACAAAUUAAAAAAAAAAAAAAAAUUUUCUCACUUUUUUAAAAUUUUAUUCAUAAUAAAUUAUGUUCCAUAUAUGAAUAGUUAAUGAUAAAUUAAAGCCCUGUUUCUCCUGAACAAAAUUAUAUAUAAUAAGUGUGGGUGCAUAUAAUAUAAAAGAGGUGAAUUACGGUUGGACAGACAUAUUCCAGUUUUUGUUUACGUUUUGUUUUGAUCAGAACGUGUACUAUGGACUCUGUCCUGAAGGGGUUAAAAAAAAAAAAAAACUUUAUUUACUUGCCUUUUCCCAGCGCCAUUGUCCCUCGACGCUGGGCCGACGCUCCGCCCCCUCCGACGGCCCGCAACGAGUGGGUGCUAAUGCACAUGUGCACAAAUGCCUUGCGCGCAUUGGACCUCCAUAUAGGAAAGCAUUGACACAAUGUUUUCCUACGGAGAAAAAUCUGACGCUGGAUGUCCUUAAAGGUCUGUUUCGAUUCAGGAAGCCCUCUACUGGCUGUCUAGUAGACAGCCACUGUAGGCAUACUUAGUGCUGCAAUAUAAAGCAGUUUCUCUGGAACCAUAAUGUUUAAUCCCUUCCCGACCUCGGACAUAUCAGGUACGUCCGACAAAAAACGGUCCUUAAGGACCGUGGACGUAUCUGAUACGUCAGCGGGGAAUUAGAGCGCUGGAAGUGAUCAUGAUUGCUUCCAGACGCUCUAACGAUAUUGCAGCGAUGCCUGGAUGUCGGGGCAUCUUGCAGUACCCCCUUUCACUGCUGGGCUGCUGGAGAACACCGGAUGAUCACUCCCCCGGAGCGAUCACUUCCGGGUUGCUCCACGUGGCGCCCGAAAGUGUAGUGCAGGGCAUCAGAAGCCAUCAGGCAGGCUUCCGAUGCUCUGCCUGUACUAAGUGCCUCGAGGGCAGACAGUCCCCCCUCUGCAAAAUAGGACCGCCAGGGGGUCCUAUUUUGAAAGAGCGGUCACAUGGCCACAAUAGGUGUCCACAGUGCUGCCAGCAGGGGGACUGCCUGAACUGGUGAAAAAAGUUAAAAUAAAUAGCUUAAGUUAAUAAAUUAAAUGAAUAAAUGUAUAUAUGUAUAUAUGAGAUGUAUAUAUACACAUAUUAUAUCUAUAUAUAUAUAAUAUGUGUAUAUAUAUAUAUAUAUAUAUAUAUAUAUCUUAUAUAUAACGUCAUAGUAAGUGUAUUUUUUUAUUAAUAUAUACAUAAAAUUACACACGGAUAUCCAUAUCUCAUAAAAUCACAUAUUGUAUACCAAUACUAGAAGUGAGCCCUUGUUAUCAGAGUGAAAACAAAGCACUUUACCAGUAGGCUAUAAGAUAUUAAUGCUAGCCAUUGUGUUUGUAAGGUUGUCCCUUGUCACCAGGUGUUGUUCCAAUAUUAUCUUGUCUAGUAUCCUCAUUUCUACUUUUUGACAAUAAUGAAAUAUUCUAACGUAAUUUAUUAUAACGGAGCAGGAACAGUUUAACAUAUUAGACUAAGCAGUUUACUGCAUAGUGAGCAAUAUAUAGUAAUGCAUAAUUAUUUUAAGCCUUUCAGUACCAAAGGUUCGUCACUCACAUUACUUAGUACAGUUUCACAUCUCAUGUCUGUCCCCAGACACCUGUGCCACAUCAUUUUAUAUUGGCCCAUACCAUGACACUCCUACCACCAUGCUUGACUGUAGGCAAGACACACUUGUCUUUAUAUUCCUCACCUGACACCAUCUGAACCAAAUAACUUUAUCUUGGUCUCAUCGGACCACAGGACAUGGUGUCAGUAAUCCAUGUCCUUAGUCUUCUUGUCUUCAGCAAACUGUUUGCUGGCUUUCUUGUGCAUCAUCUUUAGAAAAGGCUUCCUUCUGUGAAGACAGCCAUGCAGACCAAUUUGAUGCAUUGUGCGGCAUGUGGUCUGAGCACUGAGAGACUGACACCCCACCCCUUCAACCUCUGCAGCAAUGCUGGCAACACUCAUACAUAUAUUUCCCAAAGAAAACCUCUGGAUAUGAUGCUGAGCACGUGCACUCAACUUCUUUGGUCGACCAUGGCGAGGCCUGUUCUCAGUUUAAAAAUAGCCUCUGUCCUGUGAAACCGCUGUAUGGUCUUGCCCACUGUGCUGCAGCUCAGUUUCAGGAUCUUGGCAAUAUUCGUAUAGCCUAGGCCAUCAUUAUGUAGAGCAACAAUUCUUUUUUUUCAGAUCCUCAGGGAGUUCUUUGCCAUGAGGUGCCAUGUUGAACUUCCAGUGACCAGUAUGAGACAGUGUGAGAGCGAUAACACCAAAUUUAACACACCUGCUCCCCAUUCACACCUGAGACUUUGUAACACUAACAAGUCACAUGACACCGGGGAGGGAAAAUGGCUAAUUUGGCCCAAUUUAGACAUUUCUGUUUAGGGGUGUACUCACUUUUGUUGCCAACGGUUUAGACAUUAAUGGCUGCGUGUUGAAUUAUUUUGAGGGACAGCAAAUUUACACUGUUAUACAAGCUGUAAACUUACUAUUUUACAUUGUAGCAGAGUGUAAUUUCUUCAGUGUUUGUCACAUGAAAAGGUAUAAUAAAAUAUUUACAAAAAUGUGAGGGGUGUACUCACUUUUGUGAAAUACUGUAGCUAUGGUACAUAAUAACGUGUUUCCACCUCCCAAUAAACUAUGAAAGGAUCAGUAUACUGUCAGGGACACAAACAUGUAUUCCUGACCCUAUAGUGUUAAAACCACCAUCUAGCCCCCUUGGGCCCCUCAUGCCUCCAUAAAUAUUGCAAAAUCCUACUGUAUUCAAGCCUGAAGCUGUAGAUCUGCAUGCUGUUUGUCUCCGAAAAACAAGCAGUCUGCUGACAUCAAUUCAAUCACAGUGCUUCCCCAUAGGAUUGGCUGAGACUGACAAAGAGGCAGAUCGGGGCAGAGCCAGCAUGAUUCAAACACAGCCCUGACCAAUCAGCAUCUCCUCAUAGAGAUGAAUUGAAUAAAUGAAUCUCUAUGAGGAAAGUUCAGUGUAUGCAUGCAGAGGGAGGAGAUACUGAAUGUUUGGAUGCAUUUUAGGCAGCCAUGACCCAGGAAGGAUCUCUAACAGCCAUCCGAGGAGUGGUCAGUGAAGUUAUCACUAGGCUGUAAUGUAAACACUGCAUUUUCUCUGAAAAGACAGUGUUUACAGCAAAAAGCCUGAAGGUAAUGAUUCUACUCACCAGAACAAAUUCAACUAGAAAAGCUACAAUUUCUGGGGAAAUUGUGUGAAGUGUUCUUGCCUCCACCAGUAGUCUACACCUGGAGUGGGCGGAGUAACUGUUAUCAUUUAUAUAGCACAUUUUAUUGCAACGUUGUUGCACAGUUACAUUAAACCAUACAUUUAUAAAAACAUUAGCAGGUGUUCAAAAGGCCCUGUCUAUGACAUCACUUGCUGCUGCAGCCUGAGACAGGUCAGAGUAUUUUGGCGGUUGCCAUCUUCAAACGGACGUAUUUUAAAAACUAUAAAUCCUACAGCGAAGAGCUUUAUAUUGUGAGAAUCACAAGACCCAGACCUACAUUUUGAUGCAUAAUAUGUCUCUGAAGUAUUAAAAAUGAAGGCACAGUCGCAGUUUAGAAAUUGCACUUCAAAUUUGAGCUUUGUAGAGUGAAGUUUCAAUGAAUGUCAAUGGACAGCGUUAGUUGCAAACAAAUGAUUAUAUUGCCGUUGACAUGUUUAGUGGCAGCAGGGAUAGAUGAACGUUUUGAUAUAAGAUUUGUGUAGGUGGGCCUGAAAAUAAGGGAGUGGUGGCAGUUUAGAAAUCAUGUCCUGAUUUUUCAGCUUUUGCCAGCUCCCACUCUAGCUUUGCCAUUCAUUCCUAUGGGACAAAUUGCUCCACAAGAACGACGAUAUUCCGUGAACCAUUCGGCGAAACGUUCCACAAAGUAAUAGCAAUCCGAUCGGGAACAAUCUGCACGUUUUGGUAAAUUUUGGUCUAUGUAGUGUAAAAACUGUGGGAGGAGCUAGGGUGGCAAAUUUGGCUAUAAUAAGAAUAAGAAUAACUAGAAAGCUGCCAAUUUCUGGGAAAUUGUGUGAAGUGUUUCCUUGCCUCCACCAGUAGUCUUCGCUAACUGGAGUGGGCGGAGUAACUAAGCUAUCAUUUACAUAAAGACAUUUAAUUGCGUAACGCGGCCGCACAAAGUUACAUUAAACCAUACAUUUAUAAAACAUUAGCAGGUGUCUGCGCCCUGUCUAUGACAUCACUUGCUGCUGCAGCUUGACACAGGUCAGAGUAUUUUGGUGGUUGCCAUCUUCAAACGGUCGUAUCUUUAAAACUAUAACUCCUACAGUGAAGAGCUUUAUAUUGUGAGAAUCACAAGACCCAGACCUACAUUUUGCUGCAUAGUAUGUCUCUGAAUUAUUAAAAUUGAAGGCACAGUCGCAGUUUAGAAAUUGCACUUCAAAUUUGAGCUUUGCAGAGUGAAGUUUCAAUGAAUGUCAAUGGACAGCGUUAGUUGCAAACAAAUGAUUAUAUUGUGAAAACUAUCAGAACUAUGGCUUAGCCGUUGACAUGUUUAGUGGCAGCAGGGAUAGCUGAACGUUUUGAUAUAAGAUUUGUGUAGGUGUGUCUGAAAAUAAGGGAGGGGUGGCAGUUUAGAAAUCAUGUCCUGAUUUUUCAGCUUUUGCCAGCUCCCACUCUAGCUUUGCCAUUCAUUCCUAUGGGACAAAUUUCGCCACAAGAACGACGAUAUUCCGUGAACCAUUCGGCAAAACAUUCCACAAAAGUAAUAGCAAUCCGAUCGGGAACAAUCUGCACGCUUUGGUAAAUUUUAUUCAUGUAGUGUAAAACUGUGGGAGGAGUUAGGGUGGCAAAUUUUGCUAUGCACACACAAUAAGAAUAAUAAUAAUAAUAACUAGAAAGCAAAGCAAUUUCUGGGAAAUUGUGUGAAGUGUUCUUGCCUCCACCAGUAGUCUACAACUGAGGGGCGGAGUAACUGUUACUACUUACAUAGUUAAUACUUUAAUUGCAACGUUGUUGCACAGUUACAUUGGGAAACCAUACAUUUAUAAAACAUUUUCAGCAGGUGUUCAAAAAGGCUCUGUCUAUGACAUCACUUGCUGCUGCAGCUUGACACAGGUCAGAGUAUUUUGGUGGCUGCCAUCUUCAAACGGUCGUAUUUUAAAAACUAUAACUCCUACAGCGAAGCGCUUUAUAUUGUGAGAAUCACAAGACCCAGACCUACAUUUUGAUGCAUUAUUAAAAAUGAAGGCACAGUCACAGUUUAGAAAUUGCACUUCAAAUUUGAGCUUUGUAGAGUGAAGUUUCAAUGAAUGUCAAUGGAUGGCGUUAGUUGCAAACAAAUGAUUAUAUUGUGAAAACUAUCAGGACUACGGCUUAGCCAUUGACAUGUUUAGUGGCAGCAGGGAUAGCUGAACAUUUUGAUAUAAGAUUUGUGUAGGUGGGCUUGAAAAUGAGGGAGUGGUGGCAGUUUAGAAAUCAUGUCCUGGUUUUUCAGCUUUUGCUAGCUCCCACUCUAGUUUUGAACAUUUUGCCAUUCAUUCCUAUGGGACCAAUUUUGCCACAAGAACGACGAUAUUCCGUGAACCAUUCGGCGAAACGCUCCACAGUAAUAGCAAUCCGGACCGAAACAAUCUGCACGUGCUUUGGUAAAUUUUUGUCUAUGAAAGGUAAAAACUGUGGGAGGGAGUUAGGGUGUAAGUGUAAAUUUUGCUAUAAUAAGAAUAAUAAUAAUAAUAAUAACUAGAGUUUAAGCAAUUUCUGGGGAAAUUGUGUGAAGUGUUCUUGCCUCCACCAGUAGUCUACAACUGGAGUGGGCGGAGUAACUGUUAUCAUUUAUAUAGCACAUUUAAUUGCAACGUUGUUGCACAGUUACAUUAAACCAUACAUUUAUAAAAACAUUAGCAGGUGUUCAAAAGGCCCUGUCUAUGACAUCACUUGCUGCUGCAGCCUGGCUCAGGUCAGAGUAUUUUGGCGGUUGCCAUCUUCAAACGGUCGUAUUUUAAAAACUAUAAAUACUACAGUGAAGAGCUUUAUAUUGUGAGAAUCACGAGACCCAGACCUACAUUUUGAUGCAUAGUAUGUCUCUGAAGUUUUAAAAAUGAAGGCACAGUCGCAGUUUAGAAAUUGCACUUCAAAUUUGAGCUUUGUAGAGUGAAGUUUCAAUGAAUGUCAAUGGACGGCGUUAGUUGCAAACAAAUGAUUAUAUUGUGAAAACUAUCAGGACUACGGCUUAGCCGUUGACAUGUUUAUUGGCAGCAGGGAUAGCUGAACGUUUUGAUAUAAGAUUUGUGUAGGUGGGCCUGAAAAUGAGGGAGUGGCGGCAGUUUAGAAAUCAUGUCCUGAUUUUUCAGCUUUUGCCAGCUCCCACUCUAGCUUUGCCAUUCAUUCCUAUGGGACAAAUUUCGCCUUCACAAGAACGACGAUAUUCCGCGGAACCAUUCAGCGCAAACGCUCCACAAAGUAAUAGCAAUCCGAUCGGGAACAAUCUGCACAUUUUGGUAAAUUUUGCCUAUGUAGUGUAAAAACUGUGGGAGGAGUUAGGUGGCAAAUUUGCUAUAAUAAUAAUAAUAAUAAUAUAUAUGUGAGAUAACAUUGGCGGUCUCGCUAUGCAAGAACACUUAAUAAUAUAUAUGUGAGAUAACAUUAAGUGGUCUUGCUAUGCAAGAACACUUAAUAAUAUAUAUGUGAGAUAACAAUAAGUGGUCUUGCUAUGCAAGAACACUUAAUAAGCUGUAGUUGUUCUGGUGACUAUAGUGUCUCUUUAAGUUUAAAAAAGAGUAAAUGGAGUUAGUCACUGUAGUGUAAAUUGCUGGAGGUUUUAAAGGGAACUUUUAUCUUAAAGGACCACUAUAGGCACCCAGACCACUUCAGCUUAAUGAAGUGGUCUGGGUGCCAGGUCCAGCUACGUUUAACCCUCUCUUCUAUAUGCUAUGUUUAUAAUAGGGUUAAUCCAGCCUCUAGUGGGUGUCUCAUUGACAGCCGCUAGAGGCGCUUCCGUGCUUCUCACUGUGAUUUUCACAGUGAGAAGACGCCAGUGUCCAUAGGAAAGCAUUGUGAAUGCUUUCCUACGGACUGGGUGAAUGCGCGCGCGGCUCCUGCCGCGCAUGUGCAUUCAGCCAAUGACGACGAGAAGGAGGAGGAGAGUUCCCCGCCCGGCGCUGGAGACAGAGGUAAAUUUAACCCCUAGAGCCCGGCGAGAGUGGAACCCUGAGGGUGGGGGCACCGUCAGGGCACUAUAGUGCCAGGAAAACGAGUAUGUUUUCCUGGCACUAUAGUGGUCCAUUAAUAAAGCCGUUUUGGUGUAUAGAUCAUGCCCCUGCAGUCUCCCUGCUCAAUUCUCUAUCAUUUAGGAGUUAAAUCAUGUUGUUUAUGCAGCCUUGGUCACACAUUCCUGCAAGUAAUGCACAGCCUUCUCAAAAUUUUCCAGUAAAGUGAGAUCUAAUGUUUACACUUCCUUUAUUCCAAAUUCUGUUUAGUUUAGAAUUUGUUGUCUCCUGCACUGUUGCAGGAGCCUCAAGUGUGUGAUUAAAGUUCAAUGUACAGAGCAGGAGAUAAAAACUUCUAAAGUAGUUAACAUCUGAUUGAAAAUGAAACAAUUUUUGUUUCAUGCAGGCUGUGUGAGUCAUACUCAGGGGAGGUGUGGCUAGGGCUGCAUGGACAGAAACAAAAGGGAUUAAACUCCUAAAUGACAGAGAAUUAAGCAAUGUGCUAAUUUCAACAGACAGAGGAACAGCAGCCAAAUGGAACAAAUUUGAUUAAAAUAAUGACAUUUAUCUGCAGAUGCCUGCCUCUGCUAGAACUGACUUUUACCAUCUAUUAAUAAUCAGAUUAUUCUAAGUAAUUUUAAGAUUUAUCCCAGUAAUUUAGGUUGCAUACCUCCCACACUAGCGGGAUUUUACAUAUGUGGACAGUGCAAGAUGUGCACAUACUUGCCUAAUCCUGUAGUACCAUUACAGUGGUUUCUUUUAGGUUUAAAGAAACACUAUAGGGUCAGUAACAAAGACAUUGGAUUCCUGAAGCUGCAGUGUUAAAAACACUAUCUGCCCACCCAUACCCCCCUAAAUAUAGUAAAAUCUUUUUUCCAGUAUGCUGGUGAUGGCUGAGCCCCUGAUCUGCCUCCUUGGCUGACAUCAUCAGAAGUUAUGAUCUCGGCCAAUUACAUUGCUUUCACCCUUUUUUUGGACUAUACUCCCCAGAACAACUACAUUAAGCUUUAGUUUUCCUGGUGACUAUAGUGUCACUUUAAGCAUUUUAGAGCUUGCUCCUUGAAAAAUGUGGUCUAUUUGUUGCAAUGUCCCUGUGUUGUUCAGUGUGAAGAAAAAGAAGGAAAGGGACCGCAGUUAGGAAAAAAGACUGAGUAAUUUUUUUACAUGUGAGUUUACAGAGGAAGAGGUUCUAUUUCAGCUGUCUUAAGUAAAGACAAAUAAGUCACAGGGGCCUGAUGGAAUACACCCAAAGUUAUUAAAGGAACUUAGUGGUGUACUAGCAAAACCAUUAACAGAUUUAUUUAACUAAUCAUUGUUAAUGGGAGUAGUCCCUGGAGGUUUGAAAUUUGUGACUGUUCCAAUUCACAAGAAAAAUAGUAGGGAGGAGUCGUGCAACUAUAGAACAGUAAGCCUUACUUCAGUAGUGAGGAAGGUGAUGGGAACAAUGUUAUAGGAUAGGAUUGUUGAACAUCUAAAAUCACAUGGAUUUCAAAAUUAGAGACUACAUCAGUUUACUUCAGAGAGAUCAUGCCAAACCAAUCUUACAAUUUGUUUUAUAGAUCAUGCCAAGCCAAUCUUAAAUUUUUUUUAAUAGGUAACUAAAAUAAUAGAUCAGGGUUGUGCAGUAGACAUUGCUUACCUAAAUUUCAGUAAGACUUUUGACACUGUCACACAUAGAAGACUUAUCAAUAAAAAGCAAUCUUUGGAUUCCAAUAUGAUUGAAUGGUUUAGGCACUGGCUGAGUGACAGACAACAGAGGGUUGUAGUGAAUAGAGUAUAUUCAAAGCAAGGUCUUGUUACCAGUGGGGUACUUCAGGGAUCUGUACUUGGACACAUUCUCUUCAGUAUUUUUAUUAGUGGUAUUGCUGACGGUCUUGAUGAUAAGGUAUGUCUUUUUUCCGAUGAUAAAAAGAUAUGCAACAGGAUUGAUGUUCAUGGAGGGAUAAGCCAAAUGGAAAAUAAUUUAUGUAGACUAGAAAAAUUGUCAGAGCUGUGCCAACUUACAUUUAAUGUGGAUAAGUGCAAGAUCAUGCAUCUUGGGCGAUAAAAACCCAAGGGCAGAGUAUAGAAUAUUUGAUACAGUCCUAACCUCAACAUUUGAGGAAAAGGAUUUAGGGGAAUUAUUCCAGAUGUCAUAAAGGUAGGUAGAAAUGCUAGCAAAAUGCUUUGUUGCAUAGGGAGAGAUAUUAUCAGUAGAAAGAGGGAAAUGCUCAUUCCAUUGUACAGAUUACUGGUGAGACCUCACUUGCAGUACUGUACGCAGUAAUGGAGACCGUAUCUCAAACAGGAUAUUGAUAUUUUGUAGAGCAUUCAGAGAAGAGCUACUAAACUGGUUCAUGGAUUGCAGGGUAAAGCUUACCAGGAAAGGUUAAAGGAUCUUAUAGUCACCAGAACAACUACAGCUUAUUAUAAGUUUAUGAGUUUCAACACUAUAGGGUCAGGAUGUUUGUGUUUCUGACCCUAUAGUGCAGGACUUGACAAAUUUGCUUUGAAUCUAGGAGCCAGCAAAAAAAGUUAGGAGCCAGGUUUUUCAAUGUCAAAAAUACAAUUCUUAAAUUGACACUAUAGUCACCAGAACUACUACAGAUUAAUAUAGUUGUUCUCGUGUAUAUAACCUGUCCCUCCAUAGAAAAGGCAGUAUUUACAUUGUUGCCUAGUAACACUUUUAGUGAAAGUCACUCAGAUGGCCUCUAUAGUGCAUCCUGGGUCAGUGCUGCACAGAACGCAGCACCUACGUUUAGCGUCUCCACGCUCUGCAUGGAGGUGCUGAAUGUUCCCCAUAGAAAUGCAUUGAUUCGAUUCAAUGAUCUGGUUGGCGCAGCAUGGUGUUUUGCCACACAUGCGCAAUAGCCUACCACUGCUUUCCUAUGGGAAAGCAUUGGAUUGGAUGAGAUCAUCAAGAUUGAUGAUCGCAGUCAUGGAGGCAGGGCCAGCUGCAGCGAGACCAGCACAGCGUGAGGGUAAAAAGGUGAGUAAAAAAUCCUUACCCAUGUGAUUGGAGGGGGACCGGUCACCUAAACACACACUCGCUCAGUGACACGCUCACUCACUGACACACACACACAUUAAGGUGACCACCCAGUGUCCCUAACUGGAGCUGGAGUGGUUCGGCUUUCCCUGGGGUCCAGUGGGGCUUCAGUCAUCUCCCUGCUCUGCUCCAUAGAGCACUGUUUAGUAAUGCCGGGGCCGGAAUGACGUCAUAUUCUGGCUCCCGGCAUCACUGGAGGACGCACGAGGGAGCAGAGCAGGGAGGUUACAGCUCCCUUGCCCAAUGCGCCAGGAGCCUCCUAAGCAGGAUGACCGACUUCACGCCCAUGCUCUCCAUUUAGCUGACCAACCAACCACAUGCCCAUGCUCUUUAUAAGCCGGCCGUCCGCCUCCACUUAUAGGCAGUCAACCACCUCAGGGGCUGAAUGGGCCAACAUGGCCAUGGCGACCUGACACCUGGGAUUUGGCGAGUCCUGCUAUAGUUUUCUUUUAACAUGUAUGGCUUGGAGGAAAGAUGAGACGGGGAGUAUGAUAGAAACAUUUAAAUACAUAAAGGGAAUUAACACAGUAAAGGAGGAGAGUAUAUUUAUGGUGACACAAUAAUCUCCAGCACAACUACAGCUUAUUGUAUUUGUUCUGGUGAGCAGAAUCAUUCCCUUCAGGCUUUUUGCAGUAAACACUGUUUUUUUUCCCAGAGAAAAUGCAGUGUUUACUAUACAUACUGGGGAUACUUCCACUGGCCACACAUCAGAUGGCUGCUAGAGGUGCUUCCUGGGCAAUGCCAUUCAGUGUGUCCACCUUCUCUAGGGAGACACUGAACUGAUUCAGUGCAUCUCUAUGAGGAGAUGCUGAUUGGCCAGGGAUGUGCUUGGCUUGUGGUGGCUCAGCCCCCGAUCUGCCUCCUUGACAUUCUUAACCAAUCCUAUGCUUUCCUAUGGAAAGCAUUGGGAUUGGCUUUGAGCAAUACUUUUGGUGAUGUUAGCCAAGCAGACAGAUUAGGGGCAGAGCCAGCAGCAGCAGACUAGAGUAAAGGUAAGAUUACACUAUAUUUAGAUGGGCCAGGGGAGCUGAAUGUUUUUUUUUUUUUUUAUUCUUUAUUUUUAUUGUGCACGGAUUGACAACAGGCUUGCAGAGCCACGAUAUCAGCUGCAGGCUUUUCAUAAAAUUUUUACAAGUUAAAGUGUGGCAGAUUAAAUAGCACAUUUUUCUUUUUUGAGAAUAAAAAUAAAAAAUAAAGAUUACAUGGAAAUAACUGGCGUUGUAACAAUAAUAAUUGAGGUUAAACACGCUAGGCUAGUCAAGCUUGUGAAUGGUUUAGUCACGUUUAAGAUUCUGUCGUGUCGUAUCUAUGUUAUAGCAUUUCUGAAGCGGUAAAAACGUUUAUGUUAAUGCGAUAUUUACCCCUGUUUAGCUGCUCUCUUUGGUUAAGCAUCAAGUUGUGCCUGACAGGUAGAAAAAAUCAUAGGGGAGACUCAGAGUGAGAGUACUGCAUUUGUGGACAUUGGGUUACUAUCGUUGUGUUAUGUGCAUAACUGCAGGGAGAGCCAAGCGGUGAGUUAUCAGGCGGUUCCCUUUAUACUAGCAGAUUUCUGAUCCUAGGUCUGUCUUCAACUAAUAUCAGGUUAAGCUCGAAGUGCAGAUUCAGGUUAGGUUCACAGUGUGUAACCGGCUAUGGUAUAACAAACUAGGUUUCUAAGUGAAGUUCGUUAGGGAGGCAAAUUACAGUGGUCCCCUACCCAUGUGGCAUUGGGCCAGUUAAGGGGAUCUGCUCUGGGCGAUCAAGGUAAUCUGCUGUCUGUGGUCGUUAGGGGUGCCCAUAAUUAGUUUAACCGCUUUUUAGCAGGUUCUUUUGUAGAGCUUUGUUAGGCCGUUACUGUGGGUGGUCACGCCUAUGCGUAAACAAUAGACAAUAUAACUCGAGUUUCUAGUCAGAGAGAAUCGAGUUAAGCACAUUAAGGUAGUGACCUACAUCUCCUAUCGCUUGCCAGCUUCUGGUCAUUAGCAGGAAGUCAUAUAACAAUUACACACACUAGGUAUUCUAAGUCAAUUUACCCAGAGUUACCAGCCUGAGAGAGCUAAAACAAACAUGGCAAGGUAGCAGUAUUUACCAUCUAGCGCCUGCCAUCGUAGGGAGUUAGUAGGAAGUCCUGUAACUUUUAAACAUACUAGACAUUCUAUGCAUUCCAACAUGUUAAUCAUAAAGGUAUUAGGUUGAUGUGAGUGUCCCAAACCAAGAUUUAAGUCUCAUGCUUUCACGAGGCCAUGCGGUGGUUAUCUCGGUUUUUAGUCCCCUGGAUCUGCCUCAGGUAGGUGGGGGUCUCUCCGUGGUUCGAAUGGGGCGAUGUUGUCCACGUCCCAUUGUUGUCCCCUAGGGCUGCCCCUUCUGAAUUCCCUCUGUGUUGUAAUGCCCUGCUGGGUCAGAAACAAUUGGCCUUCCUCUGGUGAGUGCAUUGUAUGGGUUAUCCCCUCUGCGGUGAUCUGAAGGGAGCGUGGUGUGCCCCAGCGGUAUGGGAUCUUCUUCCGCCUCAGCACGCUGGUGACAGGGCGCAUUGUUUGCCUCCAUUGCAUGGUGGGUUUUGAGAGGUCAUUAUAGAAUGUCAGUUUGUGCCUCUCGAAGGACAGGAACGGCAGAUCCCUGACCGCUGCCAUGAUCGCCGUUUUGUCCAGGUAUGUGACAAGCUGUAUAAUGAUGUCGCUGUAUGCCUGUUGGGGCUGUCUGCCCUGCCUGCGGAUUCUGUAUAUGUUAUCCACCAGGAUAUUCUUAGCCUGUUUGUGGGGAAGUAUUUGCUGGAGCAAGCGCCCCACGUAUUGUCUUUGAAAUAAAUUAUAAAAAAAUGUAGUGACAGAAUAUUCUUUUAAUUUUUUCAUCUUUCUUUCCCAUAGGCUCCUAUAUGACCCUGCGCCUUCCGCUGCCAGUUACAGCAGGAAUUUGGCUUUUAGGUUUUUCUCCGGUGCAAGCGUAAAUAUUCCUGGUCAUCCCUACCACGAUAGGUCUUGUCUAUCGUGGUAGGGAUACCCCUAAUCUUGAUGUUCUUGCUGCGGCUGCGGUCUUCAUAUUCGGUUAGUUUCUGUGUCAUUGUUGCUUGUGAGGCUGUUAGCCGUUUCUGCUCUGCGGCAAGUGUGGUUUGCUCGGCUUCGAGGUGGGCCGAUGUUUCCUCUGUGGCCUUGAUGCGCCCUGUAAGCGAGAGCAUGUCCUCUCUCAGUAUUGCUAGGUCCGCCUGGAACAUCUUGCGGAUGUCGCGGAGGAGCGACUUAAUGUCUCCCUUCGUGGCUGGGGUGUUCUCCUCGUCCGAGGAUUCCAUAUACAGGCCGCCAGCUUGUGGGAUCUCAUCUAGGGCGUCCAUGGAGGCUUCUUCCUCCUCCGACGAGGCCUCCGCAUGUAGGUCCGCCAUCUUGGGCGCCACGCGCGGGAGGCAUGUAUUCCCCAAUAUUACGGGUUCCUGAUGCCAGGGCUGCCUUGAUCUUCUUGGCCCGUUUUCCCAUUGCGUAGGUGGGGUGCUAGUUGGUGUUCCGGCGAUUUUUCACCCGGUUAACUGUUGUUUUUGGGCUUGUUGGUACGGAGCUACAGCUCUGCACGUCUGUUCGGUUUGCUGGCUUGGCCCCGCCCCCCUAAAUGGUGGUUUUAACACUAAAGGGUCAGGAAUUCAUGCCGUCCCACUUAAAAAACCGUUGUGGCGUCAUGGAGCUUUCCAAAACAGCAUAAAACCUGUACAUAGGGGGUAUUGUUGUACUUGGGAGACUGAACACAAAUAUGAGUAUUUCAAAACAGUAAAACUUGUCACAAAGAUGUACAGGUUUUAUGCUGUUUUGGAAAGUUCCAGGGUUAAACAUAGAAUUUGUCUCUGGACGUGCUGCCUGGGUUGUCCCUCACAUUAUUAGUAAAAUUACUUAAUUAUAUAAAAAGAUUACAUAAAUAUACAGGUAGAAUUGAAAUAUGUAUAUACAUAUAUGUCUAUUUCAGGGCUUGACAAAUUUGUUUGGAAUCUAGGAGCCAGCUAAAAAUGUUAGGAGCCAGUUUUUUAGUAGUCAGUCACAAACACUGGCCAAAAUUGGUGUUCUGGACAUACCCAAUUUUCAAUACCUUGGGUUAUCUACUAUUGCAAAUGGUAUGGCAUCAUGGGGGUAAUUCUCAUUCCUGGGCUUCGAUACUGUAUCAAAGGCAAUGUAACCAACCUGGCAAAUUUCAAUGUAAAAAAUGUAACCUGACCCUGUAACUUCCCAAAACACAAUAAAACCUGUACAUAGGGGGUACUGUUUUACACGUGAGACAUCGCUGAAUACAAAUAUGUGUAUUUUAUUGCAGUGAAAGCAAACAGUAUUAUGACAUUCACAGUUAAAAUGUCACGCAGAACAUAAAAAAACUAAAAAAAAUUCUUAAUUUCUCACAUUUUCUUGUAUUUAAUUCAUAUUAAAUUAUUUUUCAUAGAUAAAUAUUUCAUGUUAAGUGAAAGCCCUAUUUCUCCUGGAUAAAAUGAUAUAUAAUAAGUGUGGGUGCACUUAAUAUGAAAGAGGUGAAUUACGGUUGAACAGACAUACAUUCAAAUUCCAAGUUUUGUUUGGGUUUUAUUUUGAUCAAAACUUGUACAUUUGGCUCAGUCCUUAAGGGGUUACAUUUUAGUGAAAAUAUAUGGUAAAAGUGUUUUAUAAUAAAGGUAACAUUUGGUGAUUAGGAUAGCAUUUGUCUUUUUAGGGUAGACUUGGGGGGUUAGUAUUUAAAUUGGAGUAGCAUGAAGGAACUUGGUGCAAGAGGGAUUUAGGAUUAGGGUGUAUCUGCCUUCAGAGUGCUUUGGCUUAUAGAAAGUUGCAUCAUGGUGCCACUGCUCUAUGGACCUCCAAGGUAAUAUUAAUAGUAGAAUGUGUGUUUGUAGGGUGGAUGCAGCCCGUGUCUGCAUGAGAUUGAUUGUGUUUGUGUGUGAGCAUGUUUUUGCAGUGUGCAAUGUGUAUUUCUUAUUUAUAAAAUAUUUAGUAUGUAGUAUGUAAAACAAAAAAUAAUACAGAAUAUUACUUCCCUGGCCCUAAGUAACAAGAAGGGUGGACAUGCUUGGUGGUCGAGUAUGGAGAGCUUCUGUCAUGAGAGCUAUGACCCCAGGUCUGCACUUGGCAGAAGGUGAGAGCAGAAGCUAUUCUUUCUCCCUACAGUUGCUCUGCCUACCCAGUCUGUUCUGUAAAUCUCAGAAGUUUCCAGCCGUACUUCACAAAGCUGAUUGGACAGGGAGAGCAGCACAAAACAGGAAACUAAAUUAUAUACCACCAGUGUUCUACAGUACCACACUGGGUACCACCUGGUGCAGUGCAUGCCCUCCCUACUAAAACUACUAAAUAUUGCUUCCAUUAUUCUCAGAUAGGUGAAGUGUGGGAGUGAGUUGUGUUUGAGGAAGCGAGUUAUCUAGUUGAAAUAUAGAUACCAAGUUUUUACCUCCGUCUUAUAUUUGCAAUUUGAACAUUAAUACUUAAGAAAUCUCAGAACCUUGAAAACAAAUACAAAUAUCUUGUAUCCACUAUUGUCUUUGAAAUAAAUAAUAAAAAAAUGUAGUGACAGAAUAUUCUUUUAAUUUUUUCAUCUUUCUUUCCCAUAGGCUCCUAUAUGACUCUGCGCCUUCCGCUGCCAGUUACAGCAGGAAUUUGGCUUUUAGGUUUUUCUCCGGUGCAAGCGUAAAUAUUCCUGGUCAAAAUGUCUCUCCUGACAGCUCUAAACGUGGACCUGGAAAUGUCUAUGUUGCCAGUUAGCACUUUGCACUGGCGGGCAGAUUUCCUUAAGAUCCCUGUACAUAAGAAUCACUAUGAUCAUUUAUCAGUGCCCAUUGAAAAUAUUGUGAACACACAUGAGGAUGGACCAGAGUGCCUGGCAGGUAAGUUCUAUUUCUUGGGUGUGAAAAACAAAUUGUAAACUUUAGAUACAUUUUCCAAAUCAGUUGUUUUAGUUAGUAAAACACUUGUAGCAUAGUAUUUGUUUAGCUAUUUCUUAGAUAUAUUUUUCUGUUGAGUAACCUAGAUCUUUUUCUUAAAAGUUGAUAAUAACCCCUUUGUGACAUUUUUAUUUAGUUUAUUUAGGAAAUUUAAGUGAAAAAAAAAACUUUUUGCAUUGAAUCAAUGCAUCUCUUUGAGGAAAGUUUAGUGUUUCCAUGCAGAGGGUAGAGACACUGAAUAUCACACUGUGCAGCACUGCUACAGGAUGCACCUCUAGUAGGCAUAUAACGAGUAGCCAGUGGAGGUAUUCCUUUUCACUGAAAAUACAGCGUUUACUGCAAAAAGCCUAAUAAUACAAUAAGCUGUAGUUUUCUGGUGACUAUAGUGUCCUUUAAGUAGACAUCCUGGGGCAUUUACCUAGGGUUUUUGACACUUCACCAACUAUCUCACACACUUAUGAUUUUGAUUGUUUUAUAUAUAUUUAAUGACCUACUUCAUUAAUGAAAAUGUAAAUGUUUUUCAGCUACAUCUCCUGAGUACAUUAAUACCCCCAUGCAUAUCUUUGCCAGCAUUUUAUGGUUUUGCAGAUGUCAAAUUUAGAAACAUGUCCAUGUCCUAUUUUAAUAUUUGGACCCAUAUAUAAAUUAAGAGAAUUUUAGCUGCUCACAAAUUAAAAUUGAUCUACAAAUGUAUACCAUUUGAAAAAAUGAUAUCCCACAAGGUAUACCAAUUGCUGUAAAAAUUUUUGCAUUUUUUUUUUUACUUGUGCAAUUUUUAGUUUUUCAUACAAAUCGAUGUUUGUUGAGACAGUUGCCUCACUCUGCAUGCUACCUGCUUUUUUCUUCUUAUGUUUUCCACACUCAUUCCAGAGGAGCACUGAUCUAACCAAUCAGUGUCCCAUUCCUGGGAAUGCUGGAAAAGUGUAUCGGGCAUGCUUUACAGAUGUACACAUGUGCAGCUGGAAGAUCUCUUCACUUUGCAACAUCUUGAUGGGGAGAAGAGAGGAAGUCUGAUCAGUGUGAUUCAUGCAGAGUAGACUCUGGUGUCGGUUUUCCUCUCUAUGGUGUCCUGCUUCUGUCAUUAGUGAACUUGUCUAAAAUUGAGAUAAUUGUGUAAGUAAGUGGGGGGGGAUAAUAGUCUGAAGAAACUCCAAAAGAUGAGAAGCGUGUCCAACAAUGCAAUCUGACCAAGUUUAUAGUAAGUGUUAAACCUUUUUAAAAUGGUUUCACACAAAAUGAGUGUCCUUAGGUGCCUUCCAGCUGAUUCAUUGCUAUUCAAAAGCUUUUGUAUUGAUAAUAAUCUCUGCCUAUAAUUGAGCAAACAUAAAAGUAAGGUGUAGAGCAGGGCUUGACAGAUUUGCUUGGAAUCUAGGAGCCAGCUAAAUAAUUUAGGAAUCAGUUGCAGCCUAGUAACACUUCUAGUGGCAGUCAUGGUCUAUAGAGCUGCAUUCCUGGUCUUGAUCUACAUGGAAACUCUUAAUGCUAUCCAUAUGGGUGCAUUGAUUCAAGUGUGUUUUUCUGCGCAUGUGCAAUAGUCUCCAUAUGCUUUCAUAUGGAAAAGCAUUGGAUUGGUUUAGAUCGUCAAGUGAUGAUAAUCUCAGCCAUGGCGAGACCAGUACGACGUUGGAAAAAAGGUCAGUAAAAGCACCAUUCCCAUGUGAUUGUAGGGGCCGGUCACCUAAACAGAUGCAUUCACCGACAGACACUCACAGACGGCAGACACAUGCGCUGUUUAGUGAGCCGGGGCCGGAGUUACGUCAUAAUCCGGCUCCCGGCAUCACUGGAUGGCGCGUGAGGGAGCAUGAAGAUCACACCUCCCUCGCCGCCUCCGUAAUCAGUCAGCCGCCUGCCACAACUAAUCUUGCGCCAUGAGCCGCCAGCCUGUCCGCCCGCCCGCCUCCACUCAAUACGAGCUGCCUGUCUUCCCGCCUGCCUUCGCUCACUAUGAGCUGCCUGCCUGUCCGGCCGCCCGCCUCUGCUCACUAUGAGCCGCCUGCCUGUCUGGCCGCCCGCUUCCGCUCACUAUGAGCCACCUGCCUGUCCGGCCACCCACUCGCCCGCCUCCGCUCACCAUGAUCUGCCGGCCUCCGGCAUCCGCUCACUAUGAGCCGCCUGUCACCUCAGCUUGCCAGUCAGCUAGGGGGCUGAAGGGGCUCACUCAUCCCAGGCGCCAAGCGAAAUUUCCUAAUCUCCAUGGCGACCUGGCGCCUGGGGUUUGUCAAUACCCGAUGUAAAGUGUUAUUUAUACAAUCAAAAUAUCUUAAAUAACCUCUCAAUAAAGUGCUUGUAUGUUACUAAGCGCAUACACACCAAACAUUCUAGUCCAAUCAGUAUGGUAAAAUUAUCUUUAUGUAAUACACAGUUUACUAAUUAAUCAACAAAAUAGAGCUUCCUGUUAUGAAGCAGCUCCAUGCAAAAAAGGAAAUAAAUAGCAUACUAUAAUAAUGUUUAUUAUAACACACUGAAUUUUGUAAGACCCUAUUAAGGUUUUUAAACCCACUAAUGUGCUUGAUAAAUGCCAUCCGCUGAGCUGUUGUUUGCAUCCUAUGCAGUAUGCAGGAACAAUGCAAGAACGGAUCUGUAUUGCACAUGUCUGGUUCUAAAUUAGGACUAUCAGUCGCGACCGCUGUGUUGUCCCAGGAGGUUUGGGUUGAACUCCAUGUCCCCAAAGACUUUGUGUAUUGAGUGGGGUGUGUCCACAGUGUGGUGAUUACCAAUAAAAGAGUAUUCUAACGCGUUUCGCACUUCCUCCUGGGGUUUUGUCAAAGCAGUCUUUGUGAUUAUCUACUAAAUAGUGUACUACAUAAAAUAUACUUUUUAAUUUUUUUUUGUGUAACACAUUGAUUAUGCUAGUUUGUUUAGUGUGGGUGCAUUUAAUAACAGAAAGCACAUUGAGGGGUUAUUUAAAGGGACAUUAUGGGCACCAAAACAACCUUAAUGAAGCAGCUUUGGUGUAUAGAUCAUGCCCCUGCAGUUUCACUGCUCAAUUCUCUGCCAUUUAGGAAUUAAAUCCCUAGUCACACCUUCCUGCAUGUUAUUUACACAGCUUUCCUAAACACUUCCUGUAAAGAGAGAUCUAAUCUUUAAACUUCCUUUAUUACAAAGUCUGUUUAAAUUAGAAUUUCUUAUCUCCUGCUCUGUUGAUAGCUUCUUAGACCCUGCAGGAGCCUCCUGUGUGUGAUUAAAGUUACAUUUACAAGAGAGAAAAACUUUUAAAGCAAAUUAACAUCUGAUUUGAAGUUUAUUUUUAAUGCAGGCUGUGUGAAUCACAGGCAAGGAAGGUCUGGCUGGGGCUGCAUUUACAGAAACAAUGUGAUUUAACUUAAGAGAAUUAAGCAGUGAGACUGUAGGGGCAUGAUCUAUGCGCUAAAACUGCUUCAAUAAGCUAAAGUAGUUUUGAUGCCUAUUGUAUCCCUCUAAUACACAGUUGUACUCAAAGGUUUGCAUACCCUGGCAGAAAUUGUGAAAUGUUGCAUUGAUUCAGAAAAUAUGACUAAUCGUGCAAUAAAAAAAGUAUUUUAUUAAAGGAUAGUGAUCAUAUGAAGCCAUUUAUUAUCACAUAGUUAUUUGGCUCCUGUUUUAAUCAUAACGAUAACAGAAAUCACCUGAGCAAAAAUUUACAUACCCUUGAAUGUUUGGCCUUGUUACAGAUACACAAGGUGACACACAUAGGUUAAAAAGGCAAUUAGAGAUUAAUUUACCAAACCUAUGGCUUUUUAAAUUGCAAUUAGUGUCUGUGUAUAAAUAGUUAAUGAGUUUGUUAGCUGUCAUGUACAUGCACUGAGCAGGCUACAUACUGAGCCAUGGUGAGCAUAAAAGCGCUGUCAAAAGACCUGCGUAACAAGGUAAUAGAACUUUAUUUUGGGAUGAAAAAUGCUAGUCAGUAGUGUUCAAUCACUUAUUAAGAAGUGGAAAAUUCGGGUAUCACUUGAUACCAAGCCAAGGUCAGGUAGACCAGAAAAUAUUUCAGCCACAACUGCCAGAAAAAUUGUUCGGGAUACAAAGAAAAACCCACAGGUAACCUCAGGAGAAAUAUAGGCUGUUCUGGAAAAAGACUGUGGUUGUUUCAAGGAGAACAAAACGAUGAUACUUGAACAAAAAUGAGCUGCAUGGUCAAGUUGCCAUAAAGAAGCCUUUACUGCAUCAAUGCCACAAAAAAAGCCCGGUUACAAUAUUCCCGACAACACCUUGACACGCCUCACAGCUUCCGGCACACUGUAAUUUGGAGUGACGAGACCAAAAUAGAGCUUUAUGGUCACAACCAUUUGCGCUAUGUUUAAAGAGGGGUCAACAAGGCCUAAAGUGAAAAGAAUACCAUCCCCACUAUGAAGCAUGGUGGUGGCUUACUGAUGUUUUGGGGAGCUGAGCUCUAAAGGCAUGGGAAUCUUGUGAAAAUUGAUGACAAGGUGACUGCAGCAUGUUAUCAUAAAAUACUGGCAGACAAUUAGAAUUCUUCUGCACAAAGAUUGCUCAUGGGACGCUCUUGAACUUUCAGGCAUGACAAGGCCAAGUUGACCCUCCAGUGGUUACAGCAGAAAAAGGUGAAGGUUCUGGAGUGACCAUCACAGUCUCCUGACUUUAAUAUCAUCGAGCCACUCUGGGGUGAUCUCAAACGUGCGGUUCAUGCAAGACAACCAAAGACUUUGCAUGACCUGGAGGCAUUUUGCCAAGACGAAUGGGCAGCUAUACCACAUGCAAGAAUUACCCCUAAUAGAAUUACAACUAUUACAAAAGACUGCAAGCUGUAAUUGAUGCUAAAUGGGGCAAUACACAGUAUUACCAACUAAGGGUCAAGACUUUUGAACAGGGGUCAUUUUUUCUUUGUUGCCAUAUUUUGUUUUAUGCUUGUGCCAUUCUGUUAUAAUCUACAGUUUAAUAUGAAUCCCAUAAGAAAUAAAAUAAACAUAUUUUGCCUGCUCACUCACGUUUUCUUUAAAAAUGGUACAUAUAUUACCAAUUCUCCAAGGGUAUGCAAACAUUGAGCACAACUGUAUUUUGGUUGUAUGAUUAACUAUACGGUAAGUUUGUUUUAUGUAUUGUGAAUACUUUGCAGUGGUGUUAGUGUUUGGUUUGUUAAUCAGAACUAAAUUUCAGUUGUUAAUUGAUCUAUCAACCUAUAAGUGGUCACCCAUCACAUUUACAGCUUUAAAAAUGACGUAUGUAUGUUUACUCGUUAUGGUUUACCAGGGAUAGGCCAAGAGCAUCAGCUGAUGCUCUCUGCCUAUCACUGCUGCUCAAGCUAAUGCAUCUGCAUUGGCCCAGCAGCAAAGGAAAGGCAGCUAACAGGUGCCUAGAGACACUGUGUUGCACUAUUCAAAUGUGUUACUGGGAUAUAAGACGGCACCUGGAGGCACCAGACAUUUUAACUAAUUCAUUGUGAUGUUCUUUUAAUGUAAAAACAUUGCAAUUUAUAUUCAGAUUGGCAGCCAUUAAAGACAUUUGGAAUUUUAUGAACAGCGUGAUGAUUGAAUGAAUGCAGUGCUCCUCACUUGCAAUGCAUACACCAUGGCCUCAGUGCUAAUUUAUUAAAGGUACCGGAUUGGACAUGUCAUCAGAACUGAAGUAUUUCAUAAACCUGAUGUAACUGAGCACAAUGUAUUACUCUUACAUAUGAGUUCUUCAAUACCCAUUAUGUAUACUUUUUCACACAGAUGCAGAGCCAAAUUAGAGACAUUUCAGAUAGAUAGAUAUUGAUGAUUGGUCUGUGCAUACUUUUGAAUUAGCUUAGUAGAUCACAUGUCCAAAUUACCAGUUGUAAGAGUGGAAACCCAAUGUAUCACAUGGGGGCUUAUUUACUAAACCAAUGAGCAUUGUGAUUUGAAAUUCAAAUGGCAAAAUAUAGGCUAAAAUAGCUGAUCUUGAAAAAUUAUCCUACUGAGCUAUAUUAAGUUUGGCUAUUUUAGCUUACAUUUAGCCAUUUGGAUUUCAGUGUGCUUCAAUUCUGAGUUUAGUCAAUAAACUACCUAAGGUCUUAUGAGCCUUUUUGUAAGACCAUUUUUGUAGUCUACAAAGUGAAAAUGAUACAGGAGACCCUUUGCACUAGUCUUGUAGCCAGAUUAGGUGCUGGCUUUUGGGUAGUGAUUUAGAAUGGGUGAGACAUUCAGGGUACCCUCUUUCAAGAUACAGUGGGCUGAAACUAUAAACUCUCCAAGACUGCAUUUGCUUUGCUGAGAAUUGAGUUACAGUAAACAACAUCUUGAGGUAUCCUCUACUCCUAAGUGUCCUUUAUCCUAAACCAUACUCCAGUAAGUCUCACUAAUGUUGAACCAUCCCAACCGUAUAUUCCCCCAUUCUAACUAUAAAUCCUGAUGGUGGGGUGCUUCCCCUGGGUCACUAUUUUAUUCAACAUAUGGAUUACCAAGUAUGCACUGUACAGAGAUCUUGGUACUCCAGCUGAGACAGUGGUGUUGCGAGCAUCAAGAGACACCAUGUUUUAUUAGCAUCUGGAAAAUAACCUGGCUGGUGUUCAUGCUUUAGAAUUACUUUGUCUCUAAGAUGGGAAGAGUUUAAGCUAAUUUGUUCUUUAUCUCGUUUGUUCUACAGGAGAUGGAUUCACAGACUGGAUGACCGAAAGGGUGGAUUUCUCAUGCUUUCUUCCAGGAACUAUGGAUUCAUCAAUGCCAGGCCCACCAGCCCCAGAUUUGGAAAUGAUGGCCACUCUUCUAAAGAAGGAGUUAGAACAAAUGGAAGACUACUUCCUGGAGGAGACACAAUCUCCUGGGCUUCCAAUGCCCCCUGAUCAGGUGGCUCCAUGCACCCCUCCAUCUUCUGAAGGGCACUUCCUUUUCCCCACAUCUGAUCAACAACUUGGUGCGAAGGAAGUAGAAUUCCAGGCCUACAUUUCAGAAACCCAGACAUCUCCUUCUGUUUCACUGGAAACUCUGGAUUCUGGCUGUCUUGAGCUACUAAAUCUGUACACUGAUGUAUCAAGUGAUUUCUCUAGAGAAAACCUGCAGGAUCUAAAUGCGAUAAAUUACACAUCUGACCCGCCAGAACAAUACAAACACCUGAACAGGCCUACACCAUACCCUACCACUGUGACCUCCAAUAACACUGCCUCCAUUAAUCAAAGAGGUGACCGUAAACAAAAGAAAAGAGAUCAGAAUAAGACAGCAGCUCUGCGGUACCGUCAGCGAAAGCGGGCAGAGUAUGAUGCACUGGAUGAAGAGUGUCAAGGUCUAGAAAUCAGGAAUAGAGAGCUGAAAGAAAAGUCUGAUUCAAUUGAAAGAGAGAUCCAAUAUGUCAAAGACCUCCUCAUUGAGGUCUACAAGGCCAGGAGUCAAAGACUCCGUAAUAAUUAGCCUUAGGAAGUUUAUAGGAUAAGCAAUUGAUUUAGAAGUUAAUCCCGUGUUCUGUCGUUAAUUAAUGCAGAGAACACUGCCUUUUCUUGGGAAAGGGUAGAAGACUGUAAACAUUAUAGUAGACUGAAAUAUAUGCUUGUUUGAUUUUUUAAUUGUUUUUUUUUUCUUUUCUUCUUUUAUAGGCUUACCCAUAGACCUACACCUUUUUAAAUAUGGCACUUGCCCAAUCCCUAGUGACUGUAUCAAUUGAAAGAUCAGUUUCUAGUUUUAGGUCACAUCCAAAUAUCAUGGCGUACUGAUAGCAUACACUGUGGUUGGGGUUGUUCCUAGAACACAAUAAUAUAAUUGUGUGCAUUGCUGCUUUAAUUAUCAAUGUUUAGUAAUGCAGGAAUUAAUUAUUAACAAACCUAUACAAUUGACUUUUGAAAACAACAUUAACACCUGACAUGAAAAUACCAAAAUAUAAUCAGGGUUCAAAAUUUCCACUAGACCCUACCAGAAAGCCAAAUUUGUUAUGUAUACUGUACAUAUUGUGUUGAAAUUUUAGUGGAGUUCUAUAAUAAUCAAAAGGUAUACUUAACAGCAUAGACAAUUUUGGCACAUGUUUGAAUGUUUGUUAGCUUUUGCUUUGCUCUACCCUGCCAAUGACAACUGAUUGGAAAAAGCAUCUUCUCUUUGUACCACAUGCACCACAAAUGUCUAUGGCAUCUCAUUGGGCAUAAUUGCAGAGAUCUAUGGGAACUUGUGGGAUCUUACAUAAACGUCCUCAUUUUACACUCUUGUAUGUGCGCAAAGACAAAGCAGCUCCUAGUAGUAGUAGCCAUGAGCCAAGAGGGGAAGAUGGUGGUACGUAGGACACAGAAUAGUUCAGAUGAUUAUACCCCAAGUAGUCAUGUCAUGUAAUUUAGCAGUCUUUAGUUUCCCCAAUGUUAGUUUCCCCAAUCAAUCAGUUCACAUUUAUGAACAUUCCUCAUCUUAUUGAGUGUGACUUGAAUUUAUAAAAAGCUCCCCUAAUGGGAAAAAAAAAUGUAAAAUAUUUGGUGCAAUCUGAAGUAAGUUAUCAGAAUUAUAUGAAAAUAAAAUGCAGUUUUUGACUUGAAAAUCAUAUUAACAUACAUUCUGUUUAAAAUCUUGCUUACAUGAGCGUUCUGUUCAAGUUAAAAUACACUGAUCAGAAAUGUUAAAGGGAUUCUAUAGUGCCAGGAAAACAAACCCGUUUUCCUGGCACUAUAGGCUCCUGGAGUACCCCCCUUCAUCCACUUACCAGAAUCCAGUGCUGAUGUCCCUUGGCUCUGAGUCAGGCUCCGCCCAUGCUCCUACCCCACCAACUUGAGCCGGCGGGGGAGACCUAAUUUGCAUGCGCACUUGAGACCUCCCCAUAGGCAAGCAUCAUUCAAUGCUUUCCUAUGGGGAAAAUCUGACUCUGGAGGUCCAUUAGGACGUCCAGCGUCAGAUAACGGACCAAAAGUCCGUUAUGAUUCCGGAAGCGCCCCCAGUGGCUGUCUGGCUCUCUGGAUCUGCAAUUUUCAGCUAAAGUGCAAAAGGGACACAACAUCCAGACCACCUCAAUGAGCUGAAGUGGUCUAGGUGCCUACAGUGUCCCUUUAACUCCUUAAGGACACAUGACAUGUGUGACAUCAUGAUUCCCUUUUAUUCCAGAAGUUUGGUCCUUAAGGGGUUAAGUCUGUGUAUGUCCUUCAUAAUCUACCAUGUUAACAAAUUAGAAAUAUUAAUGUAUAUUUUAAACCCCAAAAAGUCCAGUUUGUGUGUGUUUUUUCCUUCUAAAAACCCUUACAGGGUUAUUCGCUAAAGUGGUUGUCUAACCUCAAAAUUGCUGGACUUCCAUUUUGGCUACAUUGGUCUUAAAUUUUCAAUUCACUUUGGAUUUCUUACAAUUUUCACUUUAGUAAAUAACCCUGACAAUCUCUUUGUAGUCUCUGUGAUUUAGUUUACAAAGUUGAAAAGUACACACCAAGUACCUACUACUUAAAAGUAUAUUAAAGCUUUCAGCUGCUUGUUAUGGAUGCUGUUAACUUUUUUUAUAUUUAUAAAAAAAAAAUCCUGCAGGUAAAACCUGUAGAAUUUAGCUUCACUUUCAAACAGGAAUCAGUCGUUUAAAGGCAUUUCAAAAUUUCAGGCACUACCAUACAGAGUAGCAACAAGAGAGAGCACUUGCAUUGGAAUUGACCCAAGUGCUCAUGGAGUUACUGCACAUUUUUAAAUCCUCUUCAUGGGACUAGUAACAGAAAUGUGUAUGGCAGGGCACUGAUAGGUUGAAAAUUGUUAAGCCUUUUCCUUGCCUGCUGUUAAAAGUAACAAGCAGAGUCUGCACAAUCAACUGUAAGCUACUACUUGUUUAGAAAACAAAUCUUUUUGCAUAGUUUUUAAUCAUCUCCACAGUGCAUUAAAACUUGUGGAUCAGCAUGGAGUGUCCCUUAUAGUGAUUAUUACAUUUGUAUGCUUAGUUUGGCAUUUGAUAUAUAAACCAAUGCUGCUUAAUGUAUGAUAUGAACAAAAUUAAAGAAUGGUUCAUUAGUGAAUUACAAAACAUAUUUAGUUUACUUAGAAAGUUGUUCUAAACUGUUUAGUGUAUUCCAUCUAAAUUCAUUACGUUACUUUUUUUGUGUUUUGCAAGAAUUAAUUUUGGGGGUUUUAGGAAUUUUUCAUUAUUUGCUAAAGUAUAAUGUAGCAGAUUUCUUGAGGAUUUAUGAAACUUUAUCUUGGAAGGCAUUUGUGAUCCCCAGCACUACAUACUUUGAUCUGUGUGGGCUUUAUUUCCCAUGGCUAUAACAGGUAGUUUAUUAACUAUAUAUAGUUACACAUUUUUAUUUUUUUCUUCUUUUGUGGAAUAGUUGGUUGAAAGGGGUUUUGCAUUGUGCUGCACUUAUACAAGCAAUUUUGUUUCUUUAAUUAUACAUUUAUAAAUAAAUCCUUCUGAAAUUGUGACUUGGUGUGGUGGUCAUUAUAUUUAAAGUAUAUUAAUGAAUGGUUUUUUUUUUUCUUGCACACAACUUCAUCAGUGUACUGUUAUGCAUAAAAAGGUAAUAGUUUAUACAUUUUAAGACUUGACAAAUCGAAAGGGGCUAGCUCUUAACCCCUUAAGGACACAACUUCUGGACUAAAAGGGAAUCAUGACGGAAUAUUUCCGUCAUGUGUCCUUAAGGGGUUAAUGGCUACAUAGAAAUGAGACUUGACCUUGAGAAAUGGUCUCACUUCUAGUCAUGGGACUAGGAUGAAUGAAAGGGAACUUUCUCUUCAAGGUCCAAUAUAAAGAAAAUGACUGCUUUGUGGCUCUUUUGUACAGCUGUGUGUGGCAUCCUGUCUCAAAGCAAAAGGGAGUUUGUGAUAUGUUCACUCUUCUCAAUGCUACUUAAAUAUAACUUUUUUAAGUCGCUGACCCCUGUGACUGCUGCUGCUUGUUGUCCUAAUCGAUGCUAACUUCUGAAUGACUCCCUAACUCACCAACAUUAUGGAUCAGUAUAGAAAGGAAAAAAAAAGUUUGGUUGUGACUAAUAAGGUUAGUAUAGAUGUGUAAGUGUGAUUUAUGUUUAAGAAUGUUGUUAAAGCGCUCCAGUCACCAUGACAACUUCAAGGACUUCUGGUGGUCUGACUGGAGUCUGUAUGUGCAGCACUUCACUUUGAAAUGCUCAACAUACAGACUUUCACCCUUCAACUGCUAGACUCCAUUUUUAGCAGCAUCAUUGGGGUGUCAUCAGCCACACCCAAACUAGAAGUCCAGACUGGCUAAUAUAAAUCCUGUGCAAAUGUUGCUGCACAUAAUCAAAUUCCUUGGCUAAGUAUGAUUAGCUGAUGCUCUCAGCCUAUGAAUGAGUAGCAUGCUUGGCACUGCAGAUGUCAUGAGGUAAAACCCCACAACGCAGAGUUUAGGAUAGCAAAGGACGAAGCAAGGAAAUAACGUAUUACCGGGCUUUAGACUGGCUGGACAUAACGUUAGACAGAGAGAAAAGCGUAGUCGUAAGAAGCUGAGGUCAGGGUAACGGAGAGACAACGAGAACUAGUCAUAGUCAGGUACACAGUCAUCAAACAAGCAAGCAACAUAGGAAAGGGUUAAAGAUAAACUCAGGAUCAGUAACAAAGCGAAGGUCAACACCAGAAUAAUGCACAAUAGAUGAAGACCCGCACUAAAGGGUGCUGGGAACAGAAACCACAAUAGGGCACAGUAGAUAGGGCUAGGGAAGUUUAAAUAUCUCCAUGUAAUAUUUUAUUGGUCCAUAUUAUGCCUGCGACCCCAAAAGUGCGUCUAUGGGAGCACUGGAAUAACGUGGACUAAAGGGGGCCGAAAAUGACAUGGGACAUUCUUUCUGUUUAACCGCUUUACUACCAAGCACUUUUUUAUUGAAAAAAUACUGGUACAAUAUUUAUUUGAAGAAAGGGAUGCAUACCUGGCAUAUAAACGUGUCAUAAAAGGAGGAGACUAUAUUUAAAAGAAGAAAAACUACCACAACAAGAGGACAUAGUCUUAAAUUAGAGGGACAAAGGUUUAAAAAUAAUAUCAGGAAGUAUUACUUUACUGAGGGUAGUGGAUGCAUGGAAUAGCCUUCCAGCUGAAGUGGUAGAGGUUAACACAGUAAAGGAGUUUAAGCAUGCAUGGGAUAGGCAUAAGGCUAUCCUAACUAUAAGAUAAGGCUAGGGACUAAUGAAAGUUUUUAGAAAAUUGGGCAGACUAGAUGGGCCGAAUGGUUCUUAUCUGCCGUCAAAUUCUAUGUUUCUAUAACACGUUAUUUUUUGUAUAUAGAUUGCUUUGCAGAAGAACGUAACAAUUUAUAAAUGUGUAAAUUUAUACAAUUGUUUUUCUAGAUAUUCAUCCUUUAUAAAAUGUAUUUGAGAAAUGGAAAGCUUUAGACAGUAUACAGUGUGUUUUAUCUUGCAGCAUUCCACACAGGGUCUCAAAUAUUAGUAAAAAGCAAAAGUGCAAUUUUUCUCACAUACGGUAGGAGUGACAAAAAUAUCUAAAUAAAAAUGGUCAAAAACCUUGCUGAUAAGUAUUUUCAAAGACCCGGAAGGCAUGAGAAACAGUACAGCUUACUAAAAAUUGCAACAGAAUGUAAAAAAAAAAACUGCAUUUGAGUACAAUGCUUACAUUCAGUAAAUGCAGUUAAAUAAUACAUUUCUAAAAUAAAGGUAUUUAAAACUGCUAUAGCAAUGUCUAUCAAUCUCUGUACUACUAAUGUAAUGCUAACAGUGAAAUGCAGGAGUCCAUUCACUCCUCCUCCUCCCUUAUUUUAAAAAUGCUAUCACUCUGUGAAACUUCCUGUAAUAUUUCAAAGCAGGCAUGAGCUGGCAUUUCCUGCAACUUUACAUUCAUUAAAUUAGUGAUUUGUGGCUUAUGGCAGAGAAAUUUGUUCCUAUACAGAAGCGGUUCCCAAGCGUGAUAUGUUUACCCCCAUAGAUACAUCUAGUUCCCCCAGGGGUAAGCAAAAAAAAAAUAUAUCAGUAAUUGCUGUUCUACCGCCAGUGUUCUACUGCACAGGUUUGGAACCACAGGGCCCAUUCUGUGGCCUAUGCACAUGUCCCAUCAGGGGCUGGUCAUACACUGGGGUGCUUUAUCAGCGUGACGGGGCUUCUCCUUAUCUGCAAUAAGUGCUGGGAGAAAGUGAGAGGUGGUCACUUUUUCCCAGCUGUGCCGGAAAGGCCAGCAGCAGGAGAGGAGGAAGCCCCUAACUCCCAACAGCUCUAGCAAUGGAAGCCAGCCUUCUGCUCCCAAAAGGUAGGAAACUUGAAGCUAGCAAAAAUGUUGACCUGUAUGUGUGUUUGUAUAUUUGUGUGUGUGUCUGUAUGUAGUGUCUGUGCAUCUGUAUGGUGUGUCAAUGUUUGUAUCUGUCUGUGUAUUUGUAUGUGUGGCAGUGUUUGUAUCUGAGUGAGUCUGUGUAUUUAGAUGAGUGUUGGUGUUUCCGUCUGUGUAUCUGAAUGUGUGUUAGUGCUUUUGUUUGUGUCUGUAUCUUCAUGUAUGUUAGUGUUUGUAUCUGUGUAUCUGCAAGUGUGUCAGUAUGUGUAUUAGAUGGGUGGCAGUGUUUGCUUAUGUGUAUCUAUAUGUGUGUCAGUGUUUGUUUCUCAGUUGUGAGGCCGGUUGGAUAUACUGCCAAAUUCUCUGAAAAGCCUUUGGAGAUGGCUUAUGGUAGAGGAAUGAACAUUCCAUUCACAGGCAGCAGCUCUGGUGGACAUUCCAGCAGUCAGUAUGCCAAUUGCACGCUCCCUCAAAACGUGCGACAUCUGUGGUAUUAUGCUUUGUGAUAAAACUUCACAUUUUAGAGUGGCCUUUUAUUGUGGCCAGCCUAAGGCACACCUGUCCAAUAAUCAUGCUGUCUAAUCACCAUCUUCAUAUGCCACACCUGUGAGGUGGAUAGAUUAUCUCGGCAAAGGAGAAGUGCUCACUAACCGAUUUAGACAGAUUUGUGAACAAUAUUUGAGAGAAAUAGUCCUUUUGUGUACAUCAGGGGUAGUCAACCUUUUUCUACCUACCACCCACUAAUGCAUCUUUCUUGAUGGAAAAAUUUCCUUACCCCCACCAGUUUUCGCGCAAGUGCAGAAUAUUUUUUAGCAAAAAAAAUGUUCGUACAUUUAUCUUUUUAUUUCUACUUUAUGCAUAUUUAUAAUGUUUUAACUUUAUAAAGUUUAAUGAGAAAACAAUAAAGUAAAUUGAAAUUACCUUUACUAGUGAUGAAUGAGAUCCUUGAGGCUGAUGCUGCGAGACUAAAUAUUUGAUAUCUGGUUCGAUUUUUGUAAUGAACA